AAGUAACUACAUUCAAUUGACCUUUACACGAUGUUCUGUAUGAAUCUUUAUCUCUCCAGGGCUGCUGCUUUAUAAACCACAGUUCUCAGCUCAGCUAACUUAGACAUUGCUUGUUUCAACUUCUUUUCAGUCUGCUUUGGACAGCUUUUGACUACAGCUAUGCUGCCCGAUUCAACUUCAGCUCUUCUUCUCCUGAGCGUCCUCCUUGUUCACUCCUCUGUUCUGUCUUGUUGGAUCGGGACCCAAAGAGAGUGUGAUGCUGCUCCUUUUGUACCAGGCCACAAGAUGGUGGGGAAAGGUUUUGAUAUAGUCAGACUGCAGAUAAAAAGAGCUCAUGUGAUUAAUGUGAAGACUUACCUGAACGCCAGAGAAACCUGCAUUCUCUGCUCCAACCCUCUUCAAAACCAUACCUACCAAAAACUUCCAUCAUCUGUUGUGGACUGGAGUGCCAGCAGUCAAUGCAGUGCUGACAUCAUCAGCAGUUAUCACACCUCUGUUAGCUCUCUGAUUAAGGCUUACACAUCCCAAGACACCAAUGAUUGGACGUUUGGCUUGGAAAUUGAAAAGGCUUUGUUUGACAACUUCGAUGUGGGAGGAACCGGCUACAACGCCUACAAGUUCGCUAAACAACAGAUCGAAGAGGACCGCUACACUUUCAGCACACACAGUGUCACCUGCAACCAUUAUGAUUUUAUAUUAUCACCCACACCUCCCUUAAGCGCAGAGUUCAAAAGGCAGUUAGACAUCCUGCCAAGUCACUACAACUACUCUACUAGGAAUGAGUAUAGAAAGCUCAUAAACACCUAUGGCACACACUACUUCAGACUGGUUGAACUUGGAGGGCGACUGAGACGACUGACAUCUUCACGAAGUUGCUUGUCCACCCUGAAUGGGUUAACUUCAAGUGAGAUCCACUCCUGUUUAUCUAUGGGUGUUGCUGUUGGCUUAGGGAAGAUGAAAAUCUCUCAUGUCCCGAAGUCUUGCAUGGGUGUCCUACUAAACCAGGACUCUGCCACUAACUUCAGCUCUGGUCUUCACCAACACCACUCAGAGGUGUUAGGAGGAGAUGGUUGGUUGGGGGAGUUUUCAAUUUCCCAAAAUGAUUCCACAGCCUACAUGAACUGGCUAAAGAGCCUGAUAGAACAUCCAGAGGUUGUAUCAUUCUCCUUUCGACCUCUCUAUCAGCUCGUGCCAAACAAGCUUCAACAGGCAGGGAUGAAAACUGCUAUUGAACAGUAUUUGAAGGACACUGCUGUGAAGAAAUCACUCCAAGAGCCAGACUGUGAGGGCUCUACUCCUAAUUUGUCCUCUGACUGCUGCCCUCUGUACGCCUCAAGGGGAAAUCUAUCAGUGACCAUUGUUCGAGGCUGGAAUCUAUACGGAGAUGUGAUUGGAAAGACUGACGGCUAUGCCAAGAUGUACUAUGGUUCCAUAUCCCACCAGACCCAAGUGAUUAUAUCCGAUGAACCUCAGUGGAACGCUGAGUUUGAUUUGGGCAAGGUGGACACAAGCCUGGCUCUGAAGAUUGAGGUUUGGGACCAAGACUGGAAAUAUCACGACCUCCUCAUAGAGUGCAUGAAGUACCUGAGCCAGGGCACUCAAACUUUCACAUGCAAAUCAGCGUUAGGAAAUGUUGAGGUUAAAUACACGCUGACCUGUGACCCGCAUCUGACUGGAGAAAAGUGCAACCUUUAUAAACCAACUCCUUAGUAACAGGAGAUUGGUGAAUUUUGGGAUUGAAAGCAUUUCAAUUCAUCAUGUAACAUUAACUCACUAAAUCUGAUAGAAACUCACAAUUUAUACUUAAUCACUUAAGUUUGUUAAUGACCUAGCUAAAUGUGUAAUUAUCAUACAAUGAAAAAAAAUCAAGAUUCUGUGUAACAUUUAAUCACAAGAAAUAGCUAUAUUUUAAUAUAUGCAACCAGAAAUUGUGUUCCCUUUAAUGACAAUAAAAUUUUUGAAAUUGCUACAAGUUGUUGACUUUACAUACUUUCUACAAAUCUUGUAUUAGUUGUAUGAAUUAUGUCUUGUAUGUGUUGCUAUAAAAGAGAGUGAGACAUAGUUACAUUACAGGAUGUGUCACAAAACUCUUUGGUCAAGACCGUCUGUAUGCAGCAAAGCGGAGAAGAAGGGGACAUAAUUUUCAACCUGAUCAUUGUUUCCUUAGUUUUAUGGUCACAAUCAAGAGGCACAGAUGACAUUUAUUAAUUGAAAUGAUCUUUCAUCAUGUAGUCAUGUUUAAAACAGUGACGACAUCUCAUGAGCCAGAAUGUUCAAUGCUUUUUAUUAUUCUUAUUUUCUGCAUAAAAGGUGUUAGAAAUAUUUAAUAUACGUUGUGUUAUGUUUGCUACGUUCUUAUGUACACUGUAUUUGAUGUGUGAAGUUGUGCUGUUCUCUCAUUGUUCUGCGUUUUUCAGUUCCUGCCUUGCAGUUGCAGUUGCAGAAGAGAGCAAACUGGAACUAAACUCAACUGUCAGCCUGUAGGUGCAGCGUGACUGCACUCAAGAUAACAGAAGAAAUAACUGAAAAAACAGCAACACUGUGUAACCGGCAUGAGAUAACAGAAUAAACUAUGUAACUUGGGACAGCCCUUAAUAGAAUAGAAUGGAAUUACUUUAUUCAUCCCAGCAGGGAAAUUAUUUAGGAUUAUUUAUUAAGGAAAUAAAAAGCAAGGGUACGGUAGAACUUGCUUCAGGGCGUCUAGGAGAUUGUAACUGAAGCAAGUCCUGUUCGUCCUCCUUGCAAGAAAAUCUAAA